AUGGCUGCUGGCAGUGCCAUUGGCUGGAGCUCAACACGAAUGCGCGUUCUUACGCCGGGGGUGGUCAACAAGAAAAGGAAUUCCGAGAACCAUCCAUGUGGCAUCAGAUUGAAGCCCAAAAAGAAUGAACUUCCAGAUAAAUUUCACUUUUGUCCAGACAAAUCGUCGCUCUCUGCGAUUCCUGCCAUGUUUCUGCGGUCUCCAGACUCUCAAAACCUCGGUUUCUGA